CCCUUUUCCCACCUUACUCUUUUUUCAAUAACUUCACUUUUUUUCGCCUUUGCCCAAGAUGGUUGCUGUUAUUAUUAUUUAAAUCCCCGUAUCCUUUUUAUAUCGUUAUCAAAUUAAAAGUAUCCAUAUCAUUAUCUAAUUAAUGUUAAAAUCAUCAAGUAUUAAACCCAUCUGCUACAUCAUGUCAAGCAAACCCUUUUUCUCUUAUACAACAGACGCACCAUCUACUACAUCUCGCAAGAAAACAUCAGAACAAAAUUACCCACCCGGAAAUUAGAACCAUAAAAAUCGAUUACAAUAACAACAACUAGUAUAAACAACAAACCAAAAAAUAGUAAAACAACCAUACAGAAACCCCAGUAAAACAUAAAAUAAGAAAUGACAACCUAUCAAGAUUUAUUUAAUAACAUGGAUCCUACUACCAUUGAUCCAUCUACCAUAUCUCAGCAGGAUGCACUUGCAACUUUGUUUCCCGGUAUCCCAUCUUUGAAUUCAAACAUGAUUGAUGACUGGCUUGCUGACGAACUCUGCAAAUCAGGACUUAUUGCAAACUCUCUUGAUUUUCUUUCUGGAUCAGACAAACAACAACAAGAUAUUCUUGCUAUGCUUCCCUAUUCCCCACCCUUUAGCCCUACCACCAGUAUUGCUACCUCUGAUUCCCCAAAGACGCCAUGUACUGUCCCUCUUUUUCCUGACAUUGCCACCGUAAAACCUGCUGCCACUGUUGCAAUUUUACCUAAAGUAGCCAACAUCCUUCCUCGUAUUGCUCCUCGCCCUACCACUGCACCUGUUAUGGUAAAGGAAGAACCUGCCCCUAUUCUUAAGCGACGUCUUACAGAAGUGUCACCUGUCGUCGAUCAAGAUGAAAUCGCAUUGAAGCGCCAAAAAAAUACCGAUGCAGCACGCCGAUCUCGUCUUAAGAAGUUGGUCAAAAUGGAGCAAUUGGAAGAACGCGUUGCUGAUUUGGAAGCAGACAACCAUCGUUUGAACACACGUAUCGCAGUAUUGGAAUCUGAAAAGGCUGGUUUAGAAUCGAAAGAUAUUUCAAUGGAAGAUAGAAUUCGUGUAUUAGAAGCUCAAUUGGCUGAAGCUCACAAAGCUUUAACAAAAGUUUAAUUAUUACCACUAUUACGAAAAACCUAAAAAAAAAAAAAAAAAUCUAAAAUUAUUAUUCAUACAUCACAAAAAAAAAAAAAAUUGUUUUACUCAUUUUUUAUUAUUUCACUAUACUAUUUGAAGCUAUUAUGAUCAUAUCUUUUUCC